AUGAAUGGUGAAAUUGCGUCGCGUCCGAAUUUGAACUUCAGUAUCGUAAGUGCCUCUAAACACAGUCUGGAUAGUAAAUCACCUAGUUAUAAUGGUGGUGCUGGAUUGACCAAUAGAGCAAUGACCAGUGCUCCUAUAAAACCGUUGCUGGACCUAUCACAUGUAACCACCGGACACCCAAAUAUAAGCUCGAGGCGUCAAACUUUGACACCUGACAAGAUUAAUAUACCGGAUCAAGAUUCCAGCGAAUAUGGUAUCUAUCAGACUUUAGCAUCCUUAGCUCUCAUAUGCAUCUUGUCCCUGUUCAUGGCUUUCCUUGCCCUGUUUUUCCUACAGAAAAUUGGGCCGUUGACUUUAAGUACAGGAAAUGGAGAAUCAUUCAGUAAUGAAUCUCCUAAAAAAAUCAUAAAGGGAAGUGAAGAAUUUCUUGGUGUCUAUCAAGUGUCAAUAUCCUUGAGCACCCUCACCAUAUCUUUGAACUUAUGUUGUCUCUUUGUGUGCUCUAUUCAGUUUCUUUUCGCCAUCAAACUAAUGAAAACUCCGCAAGGAGAUGAAAGACCUAACAAGUUUUUGAAGAGAAGUUCUUGCACGAGGAUCAUCGCGAUCGGAGGUUUUUUCUUGUCUAUCCCAAUAUUUUUCACUGGUGUAAUAUUGUUUACGUUCAUUCAUUUUCACGAGGUUCCAGCAAUAAUAACCAGUCUAGCAGUAGGACUAGGAAUCGUAUUCUGCGGAGUAGUUUCUGUACAGAAUGUUUACGUGUGGCAAUGGGAAAAGACUCAGGCAAGCAGAGAGAGAGUGGAAAGUAGGUUAAGUCAACUUCGGCAUUCAGGACGAGUAGCCCCUGACGUCACGGCCCAUAGUACGGAACUAUCGACUCUCGUCUGA